GAUUUUGUUCCGGCUCGCCAAAGAUGGCGGCCCCCAGAGCGGGAGCGUGAAAGUUGGUGAAAGACGCUGUCCACUCGCGCCGGAAUCUAAACAGUGGGGGCCGUGCGCCAUGUCGCGACUGAUCGUGAAAAACCUCCCGAAUGGGAUGAAGGAGGAGCGUUUCAGGCAGCUGUUUGCCUGCUUUGGUGCCCUGACGGACUGCAGCCUGAAGUUCACCAAAGAUGGCAAGUUCCGUAAGUUUGGCUUCAUCGGCUUCAAGUCGGAGGAAGAGGCCCGGACGGCACUGAACCAUUUCAACAAGAGUUUCAUCGACACCUCCCGGAUCUCGGUGGAGUUCUGCAAGGCGUUUGGGGACCCGACAAAGCCCCGGGCCUGGAGCAGACAUGCUCAGAAAACAAGCCAGUCCAAGAAUCCUUCAAAAGACAAAGAUGCUGUCCCUACAGAACCCAAGAAAGAUGACAAGACAAAAAGGGUAGCCAGCGAAUUGGAGAAGCUGAAGGAAGACACCGAGUUCCAGGAGUUCCUGUCCGUGCACCAGAAGCGGACGCAGACAGCCACUUGGGCCAAUGACGCCCUGGACACGGAGGCCUCGAAAGGGAAGAGCAAGGCUGUCAGUGACUACCUGAACUUCGACUCCGACUCGGGGCAGGAGAGUGACGAGGAGGGUGCUGGCGAGGACCCGGAAGAGGAGGGGGACCGCGAACCCAGGGCAGCCAUGCAGAUGGAGCUAUCGGACAUGGAUUACCUGAAAUCCAAGGUGGUGAAGUCCCAGUCACCGUCGUCCUCGGAAGAGGAGGAGAGUGAAGAUGAGGCCGUGAGCUGUGGGGCCGGGAGCGGGGCCGAGGAGGAGAAGGAGGAGGCUCCCGGCCCCGUGCCCACCCAGCAGGACAGAGGGAGGCCAGGGGCCGGUCCAGUGCGGGGCAGCCCGUCCAGGAACGAGACAGCGGGGGCAGCCAGAGCGGAGGCAGACAAACCAGCAAACCAGAAGGAACCCACCACCCCCUACACUGUGAAGCUGCGGGGAGCCCCAUUCAAUGUCACAGAGAAGAACGUUACGGAAUUCCUGGCACCCCUGAGACCAGUGGCCAUUCGGAUAGUGAGGAAUGCUCAUGGGAACAAAACAGGGUACAUCUUUGUGGACUUUAGCAGCGAAGAGGAAGUCAAGCAAGCUCUGAGAUGCCACAGGGAGUACAUGGGCGGGCGCUACAUUGAGGUAUUCAGGGAAAAGAACGUCCCUACGGCCCAGGCGCCCCUGAAGAGUAGCGCCAGACCCUGGCAAGGCCGGACCCUCGGGGAGAAUGAAGAGGAGGAGGACCUGGCCGACUCCGGGAGGCUCUUCAUCCGAAACCUGCCCUACACCAGCACCGAGGAGGACCUGGAGCAGCUCUUCUCCAAAUUCGGUCCUCUGUCUGAGCUUCAUUACCCCAUCGACAGCCUGACCAAGAAACCCAAGGGCUUCGCCUUCGUUACCUUCAUGUUCCCUGAGCACGCCGUGAGGGCCUACGCGGAAGUGGAUGGGCAGGUGUUCCAGGGAAGGAUGCUCCACGUGUUACCAUCCACCAUCAAGAAGGAAGCCAGCGAGGACGUGGACACCCCAGGGUCAUCGUCUUAUAAGAAGAAGAAAGAAUCUAAAGACAAAGCCAACAGCUCCAGCUCUCACAAUUGGAACACGCUGUUCAUGGGCCCAAAUGCUGUGGCCGACGCCAUCGCACAGAAGUACAGUGCCACCAAGAGUCAAGUGUUUGACCACGAGACCAAGGGCAGCGUGGCCGUGCGUGUGGCCCUGGGGGAGACCCAGCUCGUCCAAGAAGUACGACGCUUCCUUCUGGACAACGGGGUCAGCCUGGACUCCUUCAGCCAGGCGGCGGCCGAGCGAAGCAAAACCGUGAUCCUGGUCAAGAACCUCCCGGCGGGCACCCUGGCGGCCGAGCUGCAGGAGACCUUCGGCCGCUUCGGCAGCCUGGGCCGCGUGCUGCUGCCCGAGGGCGGCGUCACCGCCAUUGUGGAGUUUGUGGAGCCCCUGGAGGCCCGCAAGGCCUUCAGACAUCUGGCCUACUCCAAGUUUCAUCACGCCCCCUUGUACCUGGAGUGGGCUCCAGUGGGUGUCUUCUCCGGCUCAGCCCCGCAGACGAAGGAACCCCAAGAUCCACCAGCAGGACCUGCAGAAGAGGACAGGGCAGAGCCAGAAACCCUGCCAGACAAGACCCCAGAAGAUGAAAAGCCAGCAGAGGGAGGAGCUGCAGACAGUCCAGCGAAGGCGGAGGAAGAGGAGGAAGAGGAAGAGGAGGAGGAGGAGGAGAGCCUCCCUGGGUGUACUCUGUUUAUUAAAAAUCUCAACUUCAACACGACGGAGGAGACCCUGAAGGAAGUGUUUUCCAAAGCAGGGACGGUGAAAAGCUGUUCUGUUUCCAAGAAGAAGAACAAAGCAGGAGUGCUGCUCUCCAUGGGAUUUGGAUUUGUGGAAUACAGGAAGCCAGAGCAGGCCCAGAAGGCUCUCAGGCAGCUCCAGGGUCACGUCGUGGAUGGCCACAAGCUGGAAGUGAGGAUCUCGGAACGAGCCACCAAGCCAGCCUUGACAUCCGCUCGCAAGAAACAAGUUCCCAGAAAGCAGACCACGUCCAAGAUCCUGGUGCGUAACAUCCCAUUCCAGGCUGACAGCCGGGAGAUCCGUGAGCUCUUCAGCACCUUCGGGGAGCUGAAGACCGUCCGCUUGCCAAAGAAGAUGACCGGGACGGGGACACACAGGGGGUUCGGCUUCGUGGACUUCCUCACGAAGCAGGAUGCAAAGAGAGCCUUCCACGCGCUGUGUCACAGCACCCACCUGUACGGCCGGAGACUGGUCCUGGAGUGGGCUGACUCGGAGGUGAGCCUGCAGACCCUGCGGCGGAAGACGGCCAAGCACUUCCACGAGCCCCCGAAGAAAAAGCGGUCUGUGGUGUUGGACGAGAUCCUGGAGCAGCUGGAAGACAGUGAAAACGACAGUGAGGAGCAAACCCUUCAGCUGCGAGCUGGCACCGAGAGGGGCUGCUAGCUGGAGCUCCCACGUCUGCCGGCCAUGUGCGGGAGUGCUCACAGCCGGGGACCUGGCCUCUGUCCUGCCCCAGGAUCCCCGGGGACGUCGAGUCCUGGUUUGACCACCAGGGGCUGACCUGAAGCCCACAUGCCAGCCGGUUGAGCCUAAGAUGCGACUCUGAUGGCCGAUACCCCUGUCACGGGUGGACGACUCUGAAAUGCAUCCCGGCCCUGUCGAAAGGCUUGUCCCAGACUUGGGGCACCCGCACGCACACCCCACUCCAGCCUGGAAAUACGGCCUCCGCCGGGAUGGGGGGUCCUGCACUCAGCACAUGCUGGGAGCCUGCCUCCCAGCGAGGAAGGAGCCGCUCGCUUCUCUGCCCUGGGUCUCAGUCCCAGCCUCGCUGUUCUCAGCUGUGUGGCCGCAGACCAGUGAGGGCCCCUCUGACCCUCAGUUUCUCUUUCUGUCCCGUGGGGGUGGCAUGGUGCCUUCCUGGUGUUUGACUACCUCAGUCAAUCCAAGUAAAGCCCCGAGGAAACGCCCAUCGGCGCUUUUGUUACUCCUUCAUUUGAGACCUCCGGCUGGGGCUCCCAGGGAGAGUCCGGGAACCUUCUGACUUUGCAAAGAACUUGGUCUGUGCGUUUUGGAGGAAGGAGGUUCCAGUCUUCAUCCAGUUUGCCGAGUGGCCUUGAAUCGGAGCAACGCUCUCCAGCGCCGGUAGCCGUGUGAGGCCCCAUGCGUGCCCCAUGGCCCACGGAGCGGUGCUUCCUCAUCAGUCCUGCUUCCCCCCCUCCUCAUUCCCCAGCUUCCGCAGCAGGCUGACCUGUAGACGUCGGGUAUGUGCGCCGCACGCAGGUGGGGCCAGUGUUAAACCUCACCCAGGCCAGCCCCUCAGGUGACCAGAUCCCCCAGUUGCAUGGGUCUUGGGGUGACGGGGGUCCCCGCCCUAUUCCUCCCCACUGCUCGUCCUGUUCUGGGGCCCGUGGGUCUUUCCGAUUGAAAACGCAGUCCGUAUCCACACGGCCACACCACCAGUGCCAGACUGAUGGUGAGGGCAUGGUCACCACACUGGAGGUCUCAGGCCCAUGGCCCUGGCACACAAGGGGCCUCACGGGCACCCGCCUGACUUGGACGAAGGUACUAGAACGUUCCAGGGCAGGAUCCGCCAACUCCUGCAGCCUGGUGUUGGGUGCCAAGCACAGGCUCUCCAGCCUGGGAGACCAGGUUCCUAUCCCUCCUUCCUGCCCUGCCCGGCCUCUCUGACCCCCAGUCCAGGGGCUCGCUCUCUAGACAGGACCAGCCAUGUAAGCAAUGAAGAGCAGUUGAGUCAACUCUCCUGGAGGACUCAGGGUGCUCCAUCACCCCCCUUUCGUGCUGCCAAGGAUGUCCACAGUGGACGCCACCCUCAUCGCCUCCCCUCCCUUAACCAAGGAGCACUGCCUUCUCCACAAGCAGCCAGCGGGAUCCAGCUGGAUCCGUGAACUAGAUUACAGAAAUACAGCCUAAAACCCUCAGGGUUACCCACAUACUUGGAAUAAAGUCACACUCCUCACCUUGCAAGGAGGCCCCCCUGCCACUUGUCCCUCCCUUACUUUGUGCUGGCCCUUCCAGGGCAUUCCCACCCCAGGGCCUUUGCACUGGCUCUUCCCUCUGCCUGGGACCCCCCCCUUCCCUCACAUCUUUCCUGUCUCUUUUUUUAACCUCCCCUUUGAGAUCUUAGUUUAAAUUCCCCUUCCUCACUCAGAGACGGUCCCUGACCACUUUGUCAGAAGUAGCUAUACUCCGCUCCUCUUCUGCGCCCAGACCUGUGCCCACAUCCGUCGCAGACGUCCCUACCCCUGUCCUUUUCGGUCACAGCACUUAAUGCAGGGAGUGGCCUGAACCCUGUCCCUGCCCCUUUGAAAACGACUGCCGCCUUGCAUGGUCAGGGAGUACUCACACCGUCAUAGUUCAGUAUGGGAACCGGCACUGUUGCGAUGAUUCUGGAAGGAGGUAAAGUAUGAUUGUUAGGUAAUAGUCAGGUGAAGCCGGGUGAGGUACUCCUGGCAUGGAGGAGGGAUGCUGCCCCUCCUCCUUGGAGGAGACGCAUCCGUCCAGUGCGUGCGGGGUGAGCUGUGGGGACUCUGGGCCAUGGGGGCCCAGGCAGCCUGGAGACAUUCACUGUUGUCACCAGACCAGGGCACAGGGGGAGUUUGUAGGGGGAGUUAGAAGUGACAAUAAGGAGCGCCUGGGUGGCUCAGUCGGUGAAGCAUCU